CUUCUGUGAAUUACAUUAUAUGCACCAUGCGGAAUAUUUAUUCCCUCUGGUACAAGAUUCGGCAAUUUACUGGUGGUUGAUUUUUUGCGAAACCCGACGCGAGCUAACGGCGUUCCGCGAUGUGUAUGGCAGCAUGCCGGCGGCGUUUGAGUGUCAGGCUAAAGAAAAGAGCGUUGGCAGCGAUCACCGGCGCAUGCACGAGAUGCUCAAGCUUAUGUACGAAUGUCCUUCAUCGAAGACGAUCUACGACCCGUGGUUUGAAGAUAAUACCACGAAGCUUUAAGAGUGAGCGAGUAUCGGCCCGAUGUCACCGCCGUGAAAGUGCCAAGAGACUGAGUUCGCGCUGGUGUAUUUGUCUUGGGUCGAUAGUCGCAUCGCAUUCUAAUCCUAUGCGAUAGUACAACUCCAGCGCGCUAUGCGCCAAGUGGCAGACGCCGGUGAAGAAAAUCGCCCGUGUUGCAUCGCAAUGUGGUGGUUCUACGUACUGGUGUAUAUUCUUAUGGCGAAUUUUACCGCGCGGAAAUUUAAAGGUUAGACGACGAAAGCGCGCUUCAUUUUCUCUAAUAUUCACCGCUUUAACCGCAGCACAGUGACGCGUUUGCCGGAAUUGUGGAGAGCCCCAGUGAGGUCACUUCAACUUGACGAGAUAUGCGACCAAUUAGAUUCAACGAGUAUAACAACGCGCGGUAAUAGUUGCAACGCGCGGUGGAAAGACGACAUCUCCGAUCUGCAUGCGUUCGCGCAUAGCGCUUUUGGUAGAACGACGCUGGGAGAAGCGCUCAUAAAAUUGCGCGCGGGUAAUUCGUUGCAGUCGGUUGUACGAGAGAUGAACUUGGGUGCGGCAAGACCUUCGGGUAUGGUCAUUGGGUCGCCAGACCACUUCAGGUGCUAUUACGUAGGUAAGUUAUUGCACCGAGCGCAUGGCCUGCUCGUUCAACCUUUGGAGUUUCCUGGCCCGUCGUUGGUGGCCCGGGCAAACCACGAUUAUGGUGCAAAGUAUUUAAUUCGGAG